AUGGGCGCCCGACGUCUCGAUAAUUUUGUCGGGGAUGACAGCUCCUACAUCGGAUAUCUUUGGGAAAAGCUUAUCGGAAUCCCCUUGAUCCAGUGUAUCCCUCAGUUUGAAAACCUAGUGAAGCAGUGUCGCCGUCGACACCAAGUCCUCGACCUACCUCGCCUCCAGCUCGUCACACAACCCACGCCCCCGAGCUGCGAUCUCAAUAUCUGGAAUCCGGCCAAGAAGCCCUCAACGCCACGCCUCUCGCCACCAAUAUGGGUCGAACGAACCAACACCUUCAAAAAUCUGCCCCAGUCAGAAAUCCAGUGGCGCGAGAAGAGGGACAGCCUGGGCUUAUCAAGUGCGCGGGGUAUUUUUCAUGCAGUUGAUUUUUUGACAACAGGCCGGCUAGGCGGCAACAGGUGCUUCGCGGGCCAUGCUACAAAGCUGGAUUUGCAGGACGCUUUAGAGGCCUUUGCGAAUACCGUUGGCCUUGGUACCGUAUCAGGGAAACUCCAUCACCAACUCUCCCGUUUCCUUUCCCUGAUAUUGAUCGCGACGCUUUGUGUGGCAAUACAUGAGGGUCAUCCGAUAGACCUGGUAGACACUGCUCAACGGAAGUUCCUGUCAGCGAGUCGCGGGAGCGUAUGCAAGACGCCGCCUGACCUGCUCGCUCGGGAUCGAGCGGCAGUGCGAUGGCUCCUCGCAGAACAGCAGCGCCAAUUUGCUCGCGGACUGCGGCAUCGCGCUUUUGAGUUGUUUCUCCUAGAGGGCGGGGUUUUAUCCUUCUACCAAUAUUGCCCAAAGGAGCGGAAGGAAAGUCGUGUCUUCACAGAAAAGAUCCCCCUAUGCGACGUUCCGGAGGACGAAAUACAAGCCUCUGUGCCAUUUUGGAUUCCCUUUUUUGUCAAGUUCCACGUCGGUGACCGCUGGAGUUGCUCGACGAUUUGCAAGGCCCUCGGGGUGGAGCUUCUUAGUCAGAAUCAUGAUUUCCAAAGAUUCGCGCAAAUGGUGAAAUCGGAGAUGCCCGUCGCC